AAAUACGCCUGUAAUGUUUUUAGAGUUUGGGAAAUAAUAAUUGCAUCUCAAAAUAAAGUUUCAUCAACCAGACGUGAAGCCAAAAAUCUAGGGAUUUUUUGACCAUAGCCUAUAUAAUGGAAAAUGUUUAUAAUCUUCGAUGACAGUCAAGAUCGACGAGUUUACACAAUGGUGCAAUAAAGCGUUGAGUAGCAUACAGGCGUCUGUGGAUAUCCCUACAUUUGUUGGAUUUGUGUGGGACGUUGAAUCGGCGUAUGAGGUUAAAAAUUACGUUCGCCUGUAUCUUGGUGACACUAAGCAGAGCACGGAAUUUGAUAAGCAAUUCCUGGAGAAAUGAAGCAAGUGGCGAUCAGCGCAACGUUCUCAGGCACAACCGGAUGAUCUGUGUAAGCCAGCGCUAGCAGUUAAUUCAAAUGCACCUGCACAAUUUCAGGAAGUAAAGG